CUCCCUCCAAUCAAACCCGCCGCAGCCGCAAGCUUCCAUCGAGGCCAGGAGGAAGGAUGAUUAUGUACAGCUCCGUUGAUCGACUCCGUGCAGCCGCCGCCAACUUCGUGCAUCCGACGACGAUGACUCUAUGCAGCUGACAAUGAUGACUCCGUGCAGUCGACGACGACCCCGUGCAGCCGACAGCGCCGCUGUCUUUCUCUCCAGGUCGGCGACUGUUUGUUUCUCGGAUGGUGAAUCGGCGAAGGGUUCGAUGGCUCUGUAUCGUUUCCCUAUUCAUCCCACUCCGACUGAAGACGGCGCACCCGCGAGGUUGAUUUCAACUCCUCCGGAUUCUGAGUCGGCUAUUGGCGAGAUUUGAUGUAUUGGUAGUGAUCUAUUGUUUUGGUAGUUAUCUUCUCACAUGUAUAGCUUGGCGUGGAAUGGUAGUGUUCAUUGGUAUAUUUGCAAUGGUAGUGUUCCAGUUUUAUGCAAGCUAGUUGUUGGACUUUUUGUGUGUUCAUUGGUAUGUUUGCAAUGACUAAAAUUCAUACCAAACUAAUCAGACACAACAAUACGUUGCACAAUAAGGCAAAAUCAAUACCAUUUCAAUAAUUAUAAUCACAAUACCAAUCCAAUUCAUACCACCAGAAUCAAUCCAAUAUUAAAUUUGUUCCAAUACAAUCAGUACAGAUUU